AUCACCCCAUCAAGCAAGAGAGAGAGAGAAAGAGAGAGAGAAAAGAGAAGAAGCAAAAAAAAAAAAAAAGGUCGAACUACAAUGGUUCUUCUUGAUAAGAUGUGGGACGACGUCCUCGCGGGGCCUCCGCCUGAAAGGGGCCUCGGCAAGCUGAGGAAGGUCUCCACCAAGCCCUUGAACGUCAAAGAAGGGGAGAGUAGCGGCGGCAUGUACCAGCGGUCCAUGUCGAUGCCACAGACGCCAACCACGCCGGUGACGCCGACGUCCGCCAACGCCCACACCCCGCGCCACGACGUGUGGCGGAGCGUCUUCAACCCCGGCAGCAACGCCGCCACCAAGAGCCUCGGCGCUGACUUGUUCGACAAGCCUAAGCCCAACUCCCCCACCGUCUAUGACUGGCUUUAUAGUGGUGAAACCAAGAGCACCCACCGCUGAUCUGAUCUGAGCUUGGCUGUUCACAGAUAGACGACAAGUGAAGAAGGUCAAAAAGACCAGAUAAUUACCCCCAGAGAGUAAUGUCUUUUGGGAUUUGCUGGUUUUCGUGGUAACCUACCUACCUAAUAAGCUAGCUUGCUACUGUGUGCGUGCGUAUGAGAGAGGUGUUUGGAGCCUCCUCUUUUAUGUUCGUUUCCCGUGAAUUAAGUAUCAUCUGCUACAAUGUCACCAUAUUAUUUCCCAUCCCUCCAUAAUGAUAAUAAAAGCUCGUCUUUAACUUAUCUGCCUGAAAACUCAUCUGCCUGGGAACUUUGGAUGUACCUAAAUCUGUAGUUGGUAGAACUUCAAGGGCCCAAAAGGCUGGAUGGGCAGGAGGAGUCAA